AUGACAAACGAUCAUUGUGCUUCAAAACCAGACAUCUCUAGCAUGCCGACUAAUCUCCGUCAUGGUGGCUCAAUACUCGACCCGCGUUUCCAUGCACUCAGGUUGUUGGCACAUACGGCUGUUGAAGAAGCCAAAAGAGCUUCUAAUGAUGCGGGUCCAAGCAAGAAACCCGAACCACAGUUCUUGGCUUUUCCUUCUCCGACGAGAAAACGCAGGUCGACGCUUCAGAAUCCAGAUACUGAAGAAGCCAACUGUCAAGGACCUCAAAGCUCCUAUCCAUGUGUAUUUAAUCGGAUUGAUUGA